AGCACGGCGUCCUCCGGACCAGGAAGCUUGGGAAAUAGAGUCUUGGGCUCUUUAGGCUCACUAGGCUGCGGGGCCGGCGCCGGCGCUCAGUUCCGUCCCCGCUGCGCUCCCCCACUGUUCCGCUUUGGUCUUCCCUGCCGCCCAGGGGACUGACACUGUCCCAGGCCAACCCACCGGACCCCGGUUCUCCUGGGCCCGCGGCACAGUUCGCUCAGGAUCAGGCCUGCGUAGAGGUGUGGCUCGGUGGUGAGGGACGAGGGUCGGGUGUGCUCGGGAUGCGCUGAGCUGUGCGGCCGGGGAACCUGGACCGCCCUGCGCGCUAACCUGGGGUGGCGCCAGCCGUUCUGCCGCCCGUCCCUCUGCACUUCUCCAUGUCCGCGGGGCUUGAGCGCAGCGUUCUUCUGCGGACCCCAAGUGUGUUCUUGGAACCCUGCUCAGCGGAGUGCGGAGGGGCACCGCCGCUGUCGCAUCUCACAGCCCCUCGGCAUCCCACGGACCUCCCUGCGUCUGUCCGCAGGGCCUUUCUUGAGCGCGGAGCGUGGCCUCCCAGCUCCAGGAACGGAGCGCGGAGCGGGAGGGACCACGGCGAGGGUGGCCAAGGGCAUUGUGGGGGCGUUAUGUAAAAGCAGGACCCCAACCGACGGGCCCCCCGGGUGCUCGCGCAGUCUGGGCACGCGGUGCUCUGCGCGGAUGCUUGGAAAGGUUCCAGCGCGGGAAACUGAACCUUGUGGGUGUUUUGGUGGUGCCGCUGCUGCGCGUGCGCCGUCGGGCCGCGUGAGCCUUUGGUUGGGUCGACUCUUGCGGAUUACGGGAGCGCCAUUUUGCGACCCAUGUCCAGGCCAUCCCUCAUCACAUUUACUCCGGCCACUGACUCCUGCGACCUCUGGAAGGAUGGGCAGCAGCAAUCACAGCUGCAGAAACCAAAGCCUGUCCUGGACGGGGCUGCAGCCCGGGCUUUCUAUGAGGCUCUCAUUGCAGAUGAGAGUAGUUCCCCGAAGCCCCAGAGAGCUGGGCCCAUCAGGGACAGACCGAGGAGGAAAAGAAGAGCAAUGAGGGAGGCCGUGGUGGCCGCAGCAGCAGGAGCCUCAGGGCAAGGAAGACCCCAUGAGGACGAAGACAAAAUGACCCCGUGGAUCCUGCUGGCAGCCCAAAAUGGGGAUGUGACAGAACUUCGGAGGCUGCUGGAACCCCGAGAGGCAGGGGGAGCUGGAGGGAAUGUCAACGCACGCGAUGCCUUCUGGUGGACUCCCUUGAUGUGUGCCGCCCGAGCAGGCCAGCGGGCUGCUGUGCGCUAUCUCCUGGGCCGCGGGGCCGCCUGGGUAGGAGUCUGUGAGCUGGGAGGCAGAGAUGCUGCUCAGCUGGCUGAAGAAGCAGGCUUCCCCGAGGUCGCUCGCAUGGUCAGAGAGAGCCAUGGAGAGACAAGGAGCCCUGAGAACCAGAACCGGCCUCCCCGCUGCUCCCCCCAGUUCUGUGAGGACUGUGGUGCCCACUUUGAGGACUCCAACCACCAUACAUCUACUGCUCAUUUGCUGUCGCUGUCCAGGGGUCCUCAGCUCUCCAACCUUCCCCUUGGGGUGCCCACCUCCAGUCCUGGCUUUAGGCUGCUGCUGAGGGGGGGCUGGGAACCAGGAAUGGGGCUGGGACCCCGGGGUGAAGGCCGUGCCAACCCUAUUCCCACUAUCCUCAAGCGGGACCAAGAAGGACUGGGCUAUAGAUCUGCACCCCAGCCCCGAGUCACACAUUUUCCAGCUCGGGAUACCCGGGCUGUGUCUGGAAGAGAGAGAGUACCUCGAGUUGCCACACUGAGUCAGAGGGAGAACAGAAAGAGAGAAGAGAAGGACAGAGCCUGGGAGCGAGAUCUGAGGCUGUACAUGAACCUUGAAUUCUGACUGACGCCGUCUGGCCUGUUACUCGACUUGGAACCCUGACAUGGGCUUGGACUUCUACUUCCUGGGUUCUGCCCAGAUCCCAGACCCUCAGACCCUGGGCUCUGCUUUUAGAGAGAAGGGCUGAGAGUUGAGAGAUAAACAAACUUCCUGCA